UGCAUCCCUCCCUCCUGCAUCCCUCCUCCUGCAUCCCUCCUCCUGCAUCCCUCCUCUUGCAUCCCUCCUCCUGCAUCCCUCCUCCUGCAUCCCUCUCUCCACCCCUCCCUCCUUCCCUCCCACUGCUUGCGCAGAGCCGCGGACAUGGCGCUCAGCAAUUUCCUCUUCGCUCAGUGCAUCUGCUAUUUCCUGGCCUUUCUCUUCAGCUUCAUCGUGGUGGUGCCACUCUCCGAGAAUGGCAACGACUUCCACGGCCGGUGCCUGCUCUUCACCGAGGGCAUGUGGCUCAACGCCAACCUGACAGUGGAGCGGCAGCGCUUCACGGUGCAGGAGUGGGGGCCUGAGGCUGCCUGCCGCUUUAGCAUCUUCACCGGCCUCCUCUCCCUGCUGCUGGCCACAGUGCAGGCCUGGAGGACCCUCUUCUUCCUCUGCAAAGGGCACGAGGACUCUUUCUUUUACGCCUUCCUGAAUCUGCUGAUCAGCGCCUUUGUGGUGUUCAUCACAUUUAUUGCCAGCACUAUAGUGAGUGUAGGAUUUAACAUGUGGUGUGAUGCAAUUACUGAAAAAGGAAGCAUGCCAAAUAGCUGUGAAGAAUUGCAGGAUAUAGAUCUUGAGCUGAAUUUGGAAAACUCUGCUUUCUAUGACCAAUUUGCUAUUGCACAGUUUGGUCUCUGGGCUGCCUGGCUGACUUGGCUGGCAAUUACCAUUCUGGCUUUCCUGAAGGUUUAUCACAACUACAGACAGGAGGACCUGCUAGAUAGCCUGAUCCAUGAGAAGGAGCUGUUGCUAGGAAGAUCCCCUUCACGAUCCUCUUUGCAAGAUGACAAAAGUGGCAUGAUCUAAAGUGUAAGGAAAUUUCCAGGGCAGGAUCUAGAUUUUAUUAUUCAGUAGUGUGAGCUGAAGUUGAGUCAGGGUAUUGAGUGUGUGAUAUCUUUUCUUUUCCUGAAAUGAAAUGUAAUUGUGAAUCACUCACUUCCCCCAUGAGAAAUUGUUGGCAGAAAUACUGAUAUUAAGAUAAAGAGAAUGAACUGCCCUAUGUGCCUAUGGCAUAGCAAACUUUCUGUCCUGUGCAGGCAAAAUUUGUAACCUGCCCUUGUCAGCAGAGCUCCCACGUGCCAUUGCUGACUUUUGGGACAGGGGCCAUUUUUGACUGAGCUGGCAAGACCCGAGUCCAGGCUAUUUCUUCAAACUAUUCUUCAAUAAUAUUUGUAAUUGGAGCUACAUUCAGUGCCUCCUCUCUCCCUCUCCUCCCUUUUGCCAGUGGAACUGCUCCUGUUCUCUUUUUAUCCUGGGAAGCUGCAGCUCUGAUUUGGGUGCAGGCUCUCACUGUCUCUGCUUUCACUGUGUAUGGAUGCAGUGCUGACAAAUAUGUUGCUCCUGCUCUGAUUUUAUUUAAAACAUAGAGACCUGUGUUCCAGACUUGAUAUUUAAUAUUGGACAGUGUUAAUGAAUUCCAUGAAACUCGUAUAUU